CACCGCCGACGCGCGUGGAGUGGGUGGGACGCAAGUCGGACCCCGAUGGCGUCCGACGCCUCCUCUGACUCCGCCUUCUCCGUCUAUAAAUACUCUGUUUCUUUCUCUCCUUCAGAAAUCACAAAGAGAGAGAGAGAGAGAGAGAGAGAGAGAGAGACAGAGAGGGACAAGAGAAGCGCCUCCUCUGCUCCUCCUCUUCUUUUCUCUUUUCUUCUACCGUCGAAUCAAGAUCAGAUGGCUCGCGCUCUCUCAAGUGCUACGACGCUCGCCGCUACUCUCUCCGACGGGAUCGCGGUCUUGAUCAGCAGGAGGGGCUACGCGGCGGUAACGGGAACGGCGGCGAGUAGGGGGAGGUCGUCGGUGGAAGAGAAAACGGUGAGGAAGGCGGCUGUGGGUUCGAGUUCGUCUUCCGGUUCUUCUUCGGAUUCCUGGGUUCCGGAUCCCGUUACCGGGUACUACCGGCCCGGUAACCGGCGGGCAGACGUCGACGCCGCCGAGCUGAGAGAGAGGCUUCUCUCCGACGGACCUCGACGCUAAAGUGGAACCUACAUGUAAUUUGGAAAGGAGAAAGAAAAAAAGUGGGGGGGAGAAAGCCCAUCAUAUUGAUCGAUGAUACCGUUUGCUGGCUCUCAACAUUCAUAAUCAUUAAUAAAAUGCGAAGUUUGGAUUAGUAA